AUGUGGAGGCGGGAAUUUCCUUACUGGAGAGAAAAGGAACAGUUCCGUAAACUCUUUAUUGGUGGCUUAAGCUUUGAAACCACAGAAGAAAGUUUGAGGAACUACUACAAGCAAUGGGGAAAGCUUACAGACUGUGUGGUAAUGAGGGAUCCUGCAAGCAAAAGAUCAAGAGGAUUUGGUUUUGUGACUUUCUCAUCCAUGGCCGAGGUUGAUGCUACCAUGGCUGCGAGAUCUCAUUCAAUUGAUGGGAGAGUCAUUGAGCCCAAACAUGCUGUGGUAAGAGAGGAGUCUGGAAAGCCAGGGGCUCAUGUAACUGUGAAGAAGUUGUUUGUUGGUGGAAUUAAAGAAGAUACUGAGGAACAUCACCUUAGAGAUUAUUUUGAGGAAUAUGGAAAAAUUGAUACCAUUGAGAUAAUUACUGAUAGGCAAUCUGGAAAGAAAAGAGGCUUUUGCUGUGUUCCUUUUGAUGACCAUGAUCCUGUGGAUAAAACUGUUUUGCAGAAAUACCAUACUAUCAAUGGACAUAACGCAGAAGUAAUACGUGGCUUUGGGGAUGGCUAUAAUGGGUGUGGAGGCGGACCUGGAGGUGGCAAUUUUGGAGGUAGCCCUGGUUAUGAAGGAGGAAGAGGAGGAUAUGGUAGUGGAGGACCUGGAUAUGGCAACCAGGAUGGGGGCUAUGGAGAUGAUUAUGACAACUAUGGAGGAGGAAAUUAUGGAAGUGAAAAUUACAAUGAUUUUGGAAACUAUAACCAGCAACCUUCUAACUAUGGUCCAAUGAAGAGUGGAAACUUUGGUGGUAGCAGAAACAUGGGGGGACCAUAUGGUGGAGGAAACUACGGUCUAGGAGGCAGUGGAGGAAGUGGGAGUUAUGGUGGGAGGAGCCGAUAUUGAGCUUCUUUCUCUUUGCCAUGGGCUUCACUGUAUAAAUAGG